ACUUCAUCCAUUUAAUUGUUUGUGCUUAAAUAGAUGGCGCAAAACGCAAGCCCAAGAGACGUCAUACCACGAGUGCUUCCAGGGCCUUUGCCAACGACCAACAGGUGUGGAAAAAGGAACAUUCUUUUUGCUGUGUUUAAGACUAUAUGUAGAGAAUAAAGUAUAAUUAGUUGUUAGACAUUAAAAAAGUCUUGUGCCUUUAACAUAUAAUUGUUUCGAGUACGUUUCGUAAAUGUUUCAAUUUGCUAUUUUGCAGACGUCAUGAUAUAAAUCGCUUAUCAACGGCACAACCAAGAGGUAUGAAGUUUGAUUUUUUAAACUAAACCUGCGGCAAGUAACAUUCAUCAACAUUGCAUGUUGAUUCACUGGCCCCGAGACUGGCAGAAUGGUGACACAGAUGCCCUUAUAUCUUUUAGUAAAAAUGUAUUGUUUAAUCAUGAGUUUGGACACAUUAAUAUUUUCGAAAUGUUGUAUUUCACAAACUAUAGAUAUAUUCAAAACAGUGUACCUGAACCAUUGAAAGAUGCUAUUGUAUACGAUAAAGAAUAUGCCUUAGUUGUUUGUAAGAACUAGGGAUGCUAGCUUAUGCCAUGGAGCUCGGUAUUUCUAAUAUGGAUAUAGCUACUUGUGGUAGAAAUCUGUUCAUUCUAGUGGUAAGAAGUAAUAUCUAUGAUAUAAAAAUGGUUGAUAGUACCUUGAAAGUUGACUUUAACCACAAAAAUGAACAAUCAUGCCGAAUAAAUGGCCCAUGUUACCACGACACAUUAUACUUUCCACUAUCGCAACAGUCACUUGCACAACGAUUAUGGACUUUGCACCAGGACAGCGGUCACAUGUACCACGACUCCUAGUGUUUUUUACCAUAAAAAUGGUCACUUGUACCACGAAAAUGGUAGUUUGUGCCAUGAAAAUGGUCACUUGUAACAAGUGUUACAGACAGACAGACGGACAAAUAGACACAGGUGAAUUAUGGUUUCUAGACCUUAGUCUUUCAGUCUAGGGAAUAUUUGAUAUCCUGCAAUAAAAUUCUAGAAUGAAUACGUGCAACAGAGAUUCUAAGUUUCUUCGAUUUAGCUGACGAUUCGGCAAGAAAAAUUCAAAAUGCUUUUCGGAAUUAUCGAGCACAACAGACACUACAGAAAAAAUUAACAUGGGAAAUAUAUGAAAAACUUGAGUAUUCAAGUGAACAAACUGAAUUUCGAGUAAUAGAAUUUCUUCUUCGAAUGCUAUGAAUCCAUUAGGCUCGUGUUUAUUUCCUAGUUGCGACGUCUGUUUGAAAAAUUAAUUAACCAACCCGAGUCGCUUUCACCAUCUGUUGCAAAAAUACUUCAAAGCUCCAGAUUACCUGUUGGUAAUGUAUUCACUAAAUCGUUAAUAGAACAUGAAUGAAUACGAACUCUUUUUUGUAUAGCUGAACGAGAACUUUUGCAAUCAACAGAUCCUGAUCAAAUCGCAGUUGAAAAUACGUAUCACGGGCCACGUAAAUAAUUUUUUUUUUUUUCAAAUACAAAUUAUUUACUUGUAGUUUUUGCUCUGCAGACAUCAAAGACCUGAUAACCAGAGAAACAUUGAUAGAUUUAAUUGAAGCAUUUCGAAAAGGCCAAGUAAGAAUCGGACUUAGAAAUACCCUCCGAGAAUUAAGAUCUAAAGCACAAUAAAAUCUGAGGAAAUGAGAAUAAUUUGUAUUGUUAUUUAUGAAUAGCUUUUGCAUGAACGAUUUGUUUGCAAAAUUCUUCAUCAAGCACGUGAUAUACUUAAAGCAUUACCCAAUAGUAAUGAGAUCAAUCUUUCACAGUUGCAUCACGUAUAUAUUGUCGGCGAUCUACAUGGACAACUUGCUGAUUUAUUGCAUAUUUUCAAUCAAAAUGGACUACCUGCAACUGAUAAUCCAUAUUUAUUCAAUGGAGAUUUCGUUGAUCGAGGUGCAAAUUCAGUUGAAGUAUUUCUUUUACUCAUGGUUGCUUUAAUCACGAGUCCAAGUUCAGUAUUCCUCAAUCGAGCGAUUAUACGCUCACAUCAAGUUAAAGAAAAAGGUUAUGAACUUCAGCAUGGUGGCAAGCUGAUAACUAUUUUUAGUGCAUCAAAUUAUCAAGGUCAUUCGAAUUUUGGAGCUGUUUUACAAUGGUUUGAAUUUAGCUACGAUUUCAUUUUGAAUUUUAUGCAUUGUAUUUAUCCUAGGAAUCAUAAUGCUACUCAACCAUGGAUUAAAUCAUACAAAGCUCAAUCUAUUGACAUGAAUAAACUAAGCUUUAAUAAACGAGUAACACUCUUAGAAGAUCCAGCUUAUCAAUCAAUAAUAGAAAAAAUUUUUGAAAAUAAGACUUCACUUCAAAGAGAAUUUGCAAAUGCAGAUCCUACUCAAACUGGUAUUUCAUCUUUAAUCGUACGUCGUUUAUAA